AUACUUUUCUUUAUAUGUUUUAUUUUAUUAAUUUUAGCAAUAUGUUACAAGAUUGUCAAUGCUUUUGCUCAGUUCAAUCUGGUUUAAGGUCAAGAAGAUGAGUAAUGAAGUUCAAACUGAAAAAGUGCCGUAGCAAGGUGUAGUCAUAUGAUAAAGGAAUUAGAGACUAGAGUAGAGUGUUCGGUAACAUAGAAUAGAAGCUUUUGGCUUUUGGGACAUAGGUUGAGGAAAAAAGGGUCCAUUGAAAAAAUUUGUUAGCUUUUAACUUUUUGUGGGGGGUUUUGGAGGGUUUCGUUUUAUAGCAGCAAAACGGUGGGAAGAGGGAACAUUGGUGGUAGAGUUGUGGCUGAUAUUUCUCCAAAGAACCAUUCAUGCCUGGUUUCUCAGCUUUUGAGUUACCUCUUUCUUCUCCUCUCAUUUCAAUGUCAAAGCAAAAUUUCCCUACCUUGUCUUUCUCCAAUCAGAGGGAAAUGAUGGAGGGCCACAGUGAACUGGGUCUUAUUGGAGAUCAUUUUGACGGCGGUUUGCUGGGCAGGAUUAAGGACGAUGGGUAUGAAAGCCGGUCCGGUAGCGACAAUUUCGAAGGUGCAUCUGGUGAUGAUCAAGAAGCUGCUAAUGAUCAGCCAAAGAGGAAAAAGAAAUACCACAGGCACACUCCUCACCAAACUCAGGAGCUUGAAGCUUUCUUCAAGGAUUGUAAUCAUCCUGAUGAGAAGCAAAGGGCAGAUCUUAGUAGAAGGCUUGGCUUGGAGAAUAAGCAAGUCAAGUUCUGGUUUCAAAAUCGACGAACCCAAAUGAAGACGCAAAUCGAGCGCCAUGAGAACAUGAUUCUUAAGCAGGAAAAUGAGAGGCUCCGAGCUGAGAACAGUGUGAUGAGGGAAGCUAUGGCAAACCCAAUGUGCAACAACUGUGGUGGAGCAGCCAUUCCAGGGCAAAUUUCAUUUGAUGAGCAUCAGAUUAGAAUUGAAAAUGCUCGGUUGAAGGAUGAAUUGAACCGUAUAUGUGCCUUGGCGAACAAGUUUCUUGGCAGGCCAAUCUCAUCAUUGGCCAGCCCCAUGUCCUUGCCUGCCUCGAAUUCUGGUCUAGAGCUCGGUAUUGGCAGGAAUGGUUUUAGUGGUGGUUCAAGCGGUCUUGGCAUGUCAAUGGGGCUUGAUUUUGGGGACUUUUCAGGGGGCACUCUGCCUGCGAUUUCUGGGAUUAGAUCACCGAUGGGGUUGAUGGGAAAUGAAAUCCAUGCGGAGAGAUCUAUGCUAUUGGAACUUGCAUUAGUGGCUAUGGACGAAUUAAUCAAGAUGGCUCAGGCAGAUAGCCCACUUUGGAUUAAGAUGGAUGGCGGGAAGGAAAUUCUGAACCAAGAAGAGUAUGCAAGAAUGUCUUCUUUUAUUUCUCCAACAUCUCCGGGAUAUGUAACUGAAGCUUCGAGAGAAACCGGUGUAGUAAUAAUCAACAGUUCAGCCCUCGUUGAAACAAUGAUGGACCCGGAACGAUGGUCGGAGAUGUUUCCUUCUAUGGUUUCUAGAGCUGUAACCCUUGAUGUUAUAGCUAGUGGCAUGGGUGGAUCAAGAAAUGGAUCUUUGCAAGUGAUGCAAGCGGAGAUUCAAUUGCUUUCGCCACUCGUUCCUGUUCGUCAAUUGAGCUUCCUCAGGUUUUGCAAGCAGCAUGCAGAAGGGUUGUGGGCAGUGGUAGAUGCUUCAAUUGAUGCUGGUCGCAAUUUUAAGAGGCUUCCAUCAGGCUUUCUUGUGCAAGAUACACCCAACGGUUUCUCAAAGAUUACUUGGGUUGAGCAUUCCCAAUAUGAUGAGAGUCUCAUUCACCAACUGUAUCGGCCGUUGAUUGCUUCCGGGCUCGGCUUCGGCGCUCCUAGAUGGAUUGCCACUCUCCAAAGGCAGUGUGAAUGUUUGGCAAUACACAUGUCCUCUUCAAUCCCAAGCGAGGACGCCACAGCCAUAAGCCCAGCUGGUAGGAGAAGCAUGCUGAAGCUUGCGCAACGCAUGGCUAAUAACUUCUUUUCUGGGAUUUGUCUGUCUUCAUCGCAAAAAUGGGACACACACCAUCUCGGCAAUGUUGGUGAUGAGAUCAAAGUUAUGACCCGGAAAAACACUGAUGUCCCCGGUGAGCCCCCUAGCAUCGUCUUGUGUGCGGCCACUUCAGUCUGGAUGCCGGUGUCGCGGCAGAGGGUGUUUGACUUCUUGCGUGACGAACGGAUGAGAGGGGAGUGGGUCAUCUUAUCCGGCAUUGGACAAAUGAAGGAGAUGCUUCGCAUUUCCAAAGGACAAGUUGAUGGAAAUUCCUUAUCGGUCCUUCGUGCUAAUGCUAAUAAUGGCGGCGAGAGCAGCAACAACACGCUGUUUUUGCAGGAGACAUGGAACGAUACCUCAUGCUCGGCGUUGCUGUAUUCGCCGGUGGAGGUGGAAUCGUUGAAAGUGGUAAUGAGUGGAGGAGAUUCCACAUAUGUUGCACUCAUCCCUUCAGGCUUUACCAUUCAUCCGGAUGGUCAUUCCGGCACACAAGAUGGAGAUGACGGUGGCAGUUCCGGAUGCCUGCUCACAGUUGGGCUACAGAUAUUGCUGAACAGCCUCCCCACGGCCAAGCUCACGGCGGAGUCAGUCGAAACCGUGAACGACCUCAUCACAGGCACCAUUCAGAAGAUCAAAGCUUCACUAGGAGUUGCGUAGUUGCUCACACACAGCCUUUUACGUUUUCAUUUUGUUUCUUAUAAAAAAGAGAACUAUAAUUUUCUGCUUCGAAAAGUGAAAAUAGGGUUUACAUAUUUGGAUGUGUAAAUAAUAUGAGAGUAAUAGUAUAAGAGAAGAGGGUUGUGAUUGUUAAAGGGGUUCGGAGUCAAGAACGAACCGCAAUUGUAGUGGUUCGGGUAUUGACUCGUUCACCUGAAAAACAAGUCUGGUUCAUGCAUGGUUUUGCACUUUUGCUUAUAUAGACUAUGAUGAUAUACACAGAUAUUAAGAUGAACUUAU